CACGCACUUUCCCUUAGCUGUGCUUUUGUGUUUUGUCAGAAUUAAUGAGAAAAGUUCCCGUGCCCUAGGGGUAAUUAGUGUCCUUGGAGUUAAAUAAGCUAAUACUUAGACACCUCUGGCACAAGCAAUUAUGUUUGUGUAUUGAAUAAUUGAUUCAAAGAGGGGGGAAGGGCUGCUAAUCAGAUCUGAGCAUAAUGAAUUGAUUUAAUUAACAGGGGAAUCCGCGGGUCUCUGGGAACUGUGCGCAUUUAUUCAGGAGCUGGAGAGAGCUCACCACAUAAAUUGGGAGAGAAAGGCAGCGAGAGUAUGCUUUUAGCUCUUGUCAAGUCUGGAAUUGGAAUUUUUGAAUACAGUUACAGUUUCGGAGCAAAUGAAAGCGGGAAAAUAUUUUACAGGAAAGAAAUCCUCACAUCCUGUUCUAUGCUUUCGAUCCUCCGAGUAUAGUAACACAUAUUUAACCAGGUAGAAUUUCGUUUUGGUUACGCUCUUUUCUUCGUGUGGAAGAUAUGCGAGCGUGCCUGUCUUGUUUUGACGCUGUAAACUGCAGUUUUAGUUUAGUCCGUGGCGGCUUAUUUUGAGAAAAGAAGCGAUAGCGAAUUGCGAAGGUGAAACGGCAAUUAUUUUCUUUUCUUGAAUGGGGCUCCGUUAUUGAGCGAUCUCGUUUCAAAGAACCAGAGGACCGUGCAAUUGAAGCUUGCAGCUGGACGACUCCGUUACUAUCGGAAAGCAAUUUCCGAAAGAAGACAAGUCAACCGGGUGGCGAAGGCUUCUGGAGCCGAAAACGGAUCGCCUGGAGCCGGACUCCCCAUUCCUCAGGACGAUGGUGUUGGAUAAGGAAGAAGAAAUGUGUCCAGUUUCAGUCUGCCACAGCCCUGCUGCUUUAAGAGCACCAAGUAUCCCGGCAGCAGGAGCGCUGAUGGCCUGUCCCAGUGGAGUUGCUCUUGGUAAUGGUACAUAUGCUCAGCUGAAAGAGGGUACAUGGCUACAUAUUGAUGAUUUUUACAGUGUGCCCAUGCUCUCUGUUCAGCCCAAGGGGAAACAGAAGGGAUGCGCCGGCUGUAAUCGCAAGAUUAAAGACCGCUACCUGCUCAAGGCCCUGGACAAAUACUGGCACGAGGACUGUCUAAAGUGUGCCUGCUGUGACUGCCGCUUGGGGGAGGUUGGCUCCACCCUCUACACAAAAGCCAAUCUCAUUCUCUGUCGCAGGGACUACCUGAGGCUCUUUGGUACGACAGGGAACUGCGCUGCCUGCAGUAAAUUGAUCCCUGCCUUUGAAAUGGUGAUGAGAGCCAGAGAUAAUGUUUACCAUUUGGACUGUUUUGCCUGUCAGCUUUGUAACCAGAGGUUUUGCGUGGGGGACAAGUUUUUCCUCAAGAACAACAUGAUUCUGUGCCAGAUGGACUAUGAGGAGGGGCAGCUGAACGGGAGCUUCGAGACACAGGUUCAAUAGCCGGAGCUGAGGGGGACGGAUGCACUGCUGCACUCAGUGAGGGGCGUCUGUCUGCUUGCCUGCAAUACUUUUUAAUCCUUGCCCAUCCCCAAGGACUCUUGUACAUGUUAUCCUUUUUUGCCCCUCCCUCCCCAACACUGAGCAGUUACACAUUUUCGAUGUACAGUUGUGCCUGCUUGGCUGAGCACCGUAUUGCCUGUAUGUUUGUGAUGUUUGUUUUUGGAUUUUGCCCCCAUCCCACCCCCUCCUUCUCCCUCCCCCUUUCUCUUUUGGGGGCGAUUUUCCUCUGGGGGUCUGUACAGUCUGUUUUUUCUGUAUAUAUGAACUGGAACAUUUAUUUUAAGAAAAUGUAAUGCAAUUUUAUUACUAGUGUGAAUUAAAGAUUCUUAAAUGUU